AUGAAUAAAUCACUGACUUAUAAUGAAAUUGAAAAUCAUUUUAAUUCAUUAUCCAAUUUAUAUUUUUUAUUUGGUAUAAAUAUUCAUCGACCAUUUAUAAAUGAAUAUGAUCAAAUACAUGCGGAUGCAAGUCUAUUUAUCAUAGUUAUUUGUAAAACUAAUUCAUCAGAUUGUAUUUCCAAAGGUGGGUCAUUACCAAUAAAAUAUAAACUUGAAUUUAUUAUUGAUGGUGUACCAUAUACUAAUAAAUAUUCGAAAAUUGAUCAUCAAUGGCAUAGAACUAAAAUAGUUAAUUAUGAUUUUCUUUACGAACCAAUUAAUUCUCAGUUAUGGUAUGAUCAACCAGAGAAUGAAAAAGGUUCAAUUUGGAAAAAUUUUAUUAUGAAUAUGGAUUUAUCCCAAAAUGAAAAUAUUUAUUCAAAAUGGGUUGAAUUUGAUAUCAAAAUUAAUGAUGCUGGAAUUCAAUUUAUCGAAGGACAACAAAUUUAUAAUAAUAUUACAGUACAACAAUUUACAUUACACUUUUUUGUUCCAACAUUUCAAUGUUUACAACCACCAUUGAUUUAUUUCGAUGAUUUUCUUACUACUAAAACUUAUCUAUCAGCUUUUCAUUUACAAUUAAUGUCUGAUAAAUGUCAUCUACAUAAAUAUACAUGCCAUUUAGAAAUGAUACAAUCACAAAUAGAUACAUCAGGAUUGACAAACAAAACACUGCCUUCAAGUAAGAUAAUUAAUAUAACUACGAACCAUUUAUCAUUAUUUACACAACAAAUUUCCUAUGAACAAAUAAUAAAACCAACCAAUUUUAUUGAUCAUAUUUUUGAACAAAUAAUCAUUGAAAAUAAUUCGUUAUUUUAUACUACGGAAAUUUAUCGUAAUGCAACAUGUACUAAUAAAAAUUCUCUAACAUCAAGAGAAUUUACUUUAUGCACACAAGAUAAUUAUAAAAAUGAAUCUGUAAUAAGAAGAUUUCGUAUAGAUAUUAUUCUAUGUAAAUACUCUAUAUUAAAUACUCAACAAUGUUCAUUUUCUCUUUAUCAACAUGUAUUAAAUGAAACUUUACGUUUAUUUAUACCAAUUCAAGGUGAUAAUAUAGCAUUUAUUGGGUUUAUACGUCUUUUAAAAAAUUUACCACAUAAUGAAUGGAUUAAUCAUCUGAAUGAAAGUUAUGAUAAAAUUCAAUCAUAUCAACUAAUAAAUUUCUAUGAUCAUAUGAUUGAACUUAAAACUGAGGUUAACAGUAUUAAUACCAUCAUUCGUUAUUAUCAGGUUAUUACUGAUCAGAGUCAAAUAUGUCAUCUCGUAUGUCGAAAUCAUUGUGUACAACAAUCUCCAAAUCAUACAGAUUAUUUUGUAUCUCAAUCAAUAACAGAAUUAAUUUUAUUUUGUGUUAAAUGUAAUUUUAGUGAAAUUUCUCAACAACUCAAUCUUUCGAUUCUUCAUUCUCAUACAAUUCUAUCACGUGAUAUUGCAUUAGUUCGAUUUCAAAUUAUUAAUAUAUUUCAACAAAUAUCUAUCAAUUGUAUUAAUGAUCAAAAUGAAAUAUUUAUUAUUAAUGCAAAUUUUCAUAUAAUAAAUCAAAAUAAUACAUCUCGUUCAUUUUCUUGUUUAAUUAAUCCAAUGAAUAUUUAUCCAUAUCAUGAAGAAAUCACUCUUGAAUGUACAAAUUUUACUACACGUGCAGAUAUUAUUCUUUGGGCUGUAACGAAACAUAAACAUGAAGAAAUUCGUAUUUUACUUAAUCCAUUAUAUGUUACAAAUGAAAUUUUGAAUUCAAAUAUUCAAAUGAAGAUUUAUGGUAUUCCACAUGGUGAAAAAGUUUUCUUAGAAAUUAGUUCAUCAUUAUUUUCAAUAAAUGAAAGUUAUGAAUUAACGAUGAAUCAUUUAACUGAGAAAUUAAUUACAAAAAUGAAUAUUGCAUUAGAAUGGAAUUAUUUUUCUAGUGCAGUUCGAUUAAUGAAUGAAUAUUUAAAUAUAUAUGAAAAUGAUUUUGAUCUUUUGGAUGAUCAUACUAAUCCACGUUUAGAAUUAGUUAAUCUUAAUCAAACAUCAUAUUUAAUUAGUAUUAUUAAUUAUUAUCGUUUAAUACUAAAUUAUAUCGAUCAAGAAUUACUCUAUAUUAAAGCAAAAGAUUUUUCACAAAAAAUCUAUUCAAUUGUUAGUAUCAUUAAUAAUCUAAUAUCAACACAAUUGCUCAAAUAUAAAAUCUUCUAUCCUGAAUCUGGUAAUAAUUAUCUUGAUCCUUAUUUUUCCUUGUUAAUUCAAUUAUCUUCGCAUCCAAAAAUAAUUACUUAUCAAACAUAUCAUCUACUUCGACAUACAAUUAAAUUCAUAUCAUUAUCUUUACCGGAUACAUCAUAUUCUUUUCUAAUGAAAGUACUUGACCUUUGUUAUAAUUUACGUAUAUAUAUAAAUGAUUUUGAAUCAAUGCCAAUAUCAACAAUAACAGAUACGAAUAGUCUAUUUGAAUUUAAUCAAAUGAUUAGUCGAAUUCUUGUUAUGAUUCAUACACAAUUUAAAUCCAAUAUAUCUUCCACUACACAAAUAAAUAGAACUAAUGAUGGUCUACUCGAUUUUAUUGUUAAUAUGAGUGCACCAUUUGUUACCAAACGUUGGGCAUUUAAAUCUGAUCAGUUUUUACCACGUUAUAAUAUGAAGAGUCGAACAUUUACAACAGAUCAAUUAAAUAUCUUAUACUAUCCUCAAGAAUAUAUUCCACUUAAUCAUGAAAGUUCAACUGAUUAUCUUCUUGGUCAAUUAUUUUCAAUUGAAUCAAAUAAUUCUCUAACAUUAAAUUCUAUAUCACAUAUAUUUUUUUCACUUGAACAAGUCUAUUUAAAUACAUCGAAUAUAUUACAAAAAUAUUUUUCGAAAAUCUUAUUAAUUCGUAUUGGAAAAAAUUUCUAUUCACAUAGAUUUUCAUUUCAAAUGAAUACAACAAAAUUAGCUCGAAAUAUUUCAUUAUUUUUUAUUGAUUUACCAAAUUCACAAAAAUAUUUAUUUACUAUCGAUAUUGCUUAUAAUAAUUCAUGUUUGAAAUCAAAACGAAUCUACGAAAAAAAUUUGAAAUAUACGCUUUCUUUUGAUUUAUGGCAAGAUAAUUAUUAUGUUUAUUCAAUACCAAUUAUACCAAUGUCAUUUGUAUGUGGACAAGUUGAAAUAACAUCGAAACAUGUAUCUAUUCGAAAUUUAAAAAGAACUGGACAAUUUCUGAUCAUUGAAACUGGUUGUUAUUCAUUUGAUAUGGAUAUUUAUGAAAAUUACUAUUCAAAGUUACAAAUCGAUAAAUGUCAAUUGAUCAAUGACAAUGAACUCCACUUAGGAGAUAAUUUACUAUUAGGUGCUCAUCUUACUUGUCGUUGUCAAUCUGCGAUUAAUAGAUAUUUUGUUCUAUGUCAACCAAAACCUAUUCUUGUUGAAUAUGAAUUAAAUGCACAAACUUGGCUUCAUUUCUAUAUCUAUAUUUCUGUAUUACUUCUAAUUUUUCUUUUUUUUGGUCUCUAUGCAAUUUAUAAAGAUACAUCGGACGAUUAUAAACCUCUAGUAUAUUUUGUUAAUGAUAAUCAUAUUGGUGCUGUAAAUAGUCAUCUUUAUCAAUUAACAAUUUUUACUGGUCUUCAACAAUCAACAACAAAAGAUUUUCAAAUCUAUAUUCGUUUAAUUGGUGAAACAUGUCAUGAUAUAUCGCAUUGUUUAAAUUUAAACAUUUCGAAUGUUUUUCAACGUGGUAGUGUUGAUCAAUUUCUACUUACUUCUUUUAUUGAUAUAGGACGAAUUGUCGCUAUAAAUAUAUGGCAUAAUGAAAUCAAUUUUCAAUCAGAUUUUUAUAUUCGUCAUUGUAUCUUAUAUGAUUAUAACCAUUAUCAUACCUAUUAUUUUUCUUGUUAUACAUGGUUAUCCUUACGAAAAGGUUUAAAUAGAAUUAAUGAGAUAUUUUAUGUUGCACAAGAAGUUGAUCAAUAUGCAUUUGGUCAUUUAUUUCUUUCGACAUAUUCUUGGCUUUAUUAUCAUUAUUAUUUAUUAAAUUCAGUUUUUAAAAAACAAAAAAUAAAUACAUUAUCAAGAAUCUAUCGAUUACAUAUUUAUUUUUCGUUAGUUAUUAUUCAACUUUAUUUGAUUCAAUUAAUUAUUAUUUCAUGUCGAAAAUUAAUCUCAAAUCAACGAUGUAUUUAUAUUUUUCCAUCAUUUCUUUUCCUAGUUGAUCAAUCAUUUGUUGCAUCCGGUUGGACGGAAAUUUAUCAGAUAAUUCGUCUCAAUUUCCUUCCAUCAAUUUUCAUUGCUCUGUUUCUUAGUUGUAUUACUGCUUUUUUAACACCGAUUUUUAUUUGGUGUUUAACAUGGUUAACAAAUCGACUUGAACUUUAUCGACAAUUAUUGAAUGCUAGAAUAAAUUAUGAACAUUUUGAUAAUUUACAUUCAACAUUAUAUACAUUAGCAUCAACUAUUGCUGAUUUAAAUCUCUAUCGGCAAGAUAUUGAACAAUUUGAAUUUAUUCAUAAAUUUGAUUUACAACAUCGAUUAAGUAUUAGUACAAUAGGAGAAAAUGAACAAAAUAUUUCACAAUCAGAUACUAAAAUUGAACAAUAUAAAUCACUUUUAAAUCUAUCGCAAAAUUCUCAAAUAUGGAAAAAUCGAGCUUUCAAAAAACCUGUUUUUCAAACACCAGUAUAUUCAAAACAUCCUGAAUCAAAUGAAAUAUUCAAUGAUGAUGACAAUGAUGAUCAUUCAUUAUCAACUGAUCAUAGUUCUCAAACAAGUAUACCAGACAAAGACAUCAUAAUACCUACUAUUAAUCUAAAAAUUAAUUGGCCAAAUGCACCUGAUCAACCAUCAUUGAAUAUGUUUCGAUUCUAUUCAUCUAUUUAUUAUGGAUUAUUCAUAAUUCCUGGUGGAAUAUCCAUUGUUUGUAUAUAUUUAACAAUGAAAACAUUUAUCGAAAUUGAAAAUUAUUUUUUAACAUCAACUAUUCUAUUUAUUCAUAUUAUAACUAUAUUAUUUACAUUAGUAUUUGAAUUAAUUUUUAUCUUAUUAAUAUCUUUACUGAAUGCAACAUUUUUACAUAUGACAGAUGAAGAAAAAUUUAUUUCAACAACUGUUCAAAUUCCAGUUUCAUCUACAAAUGAUAUUCAACAAAAUCAAUUAAAUCAUACAUUUACUCUCCAUCGAGAUUUAACAUUAACUGAUGUACAAUUACGUGAACGUAUUCGAGAACGUUUUCUUGAAUCAUCAAUUAUUCGUGCUGUUAGAGAUGUUUUCGGUUAUAUUUUAUUUAUGAUUAUUAUUAUCAUGGUAUUUGCAGAAACAUCUCGAGAUCUUGAAACACAUUUAACUAUGAGACAAUAUACAUUACAAUUACUUGUUCGUGAAGAUAUUUUUCAAAAUAUUGAUCAUAUACCGGAGACAAUGGAUUGGAUAAAUUAUUUUAUUGAAAAUCGUCUUUUUCUUCAACAUAAAGAUUAUUCUUGUCAAAAAGAUACAUGUAAUUAUUUUCCAAUACCUGAUUCACCAUUGUAUCUAAGUAAAAGUAUUCGUAUACGUCAGAUACGUGUUGAACGUAAAGAUUGUCAUAAGAAAAUCAAUGAUUUAUUCUAUCCUUUACUACCACCGACAUGUUCUGUUGAUGGAAAUGAUUUAAUGGAUAAUAAAUUAUCUGUUCUUAAUGGUCAACGAAAAUGUUCUGGUUGGAAUAAUGAAUUUUGUCAAGAUAUUUGUAAUUAUACGUCAAUAUGGUCUGCAUUAGCAUCUAAACGAAUAAUCAAAUUUUAUACAACAUACGAAUCUCCAUGGUAUUUUAUGUUACAUUUAUCAGCAAAAGAAACGGUUGAACGUUGUAAUCGUAAACGAAAAUAUUAUGAUUUAAAUAAAUAUAAUUGGUUAGAUGAAAAAACUUUAGUUCUCAUAAUUGAAGGAAAUUUAUAUUCUCCACAAACAACAUCAAUGAUAUCAUUUAUAUUAACUAUGGAAAAAAAUCAGUACGGAAUUAUUGAAAAAGAUAUUUUUAUUGAAGUAUCAGAUUAUACAUUAACAACAAUUGAUAAUGAAAUAGAAGUACAAAAUACUACUCAAGAAAUACCAAACAUAAAUAAUAAUAAUAAUAAUAAUGAAACUCCAUUUGUUAUUACACAUUAUUUAUUUACUGUUUUAUUAUUUUUCAUUUUUACAACAAAAUUAUUCGGUAUAGCAAAAUUUACUCGAAAUUUUGGUUUAUAUGGUUUUGUUUCUUUUCUUCGUACAUUACCGAAUAUUAUCGACGUUCUUCAAUUAAAUAAUCUAAUUCAAUCAUUAAAUAUUCAUAAUUUAUUUUUAUCAUUUCGUGUAUUAAUUAUUAAUAAAACAAUAUUAAAUCAUUUAAUUGGUUUAAUAUGUUUAUUUGCAAUAUUUAAAUUUCUUUAUUUACUUAAAUUUAAUCCGAAAACAUAUUUACUUGCUGAAACAAUGUAUAAAUCAUCUCAAGGAUUUCUAAUUAUAUUAUUUUUUGCAUUUAUGAAUUAUUUUAUAUUUACAUUAAUUGGUCGUUUACUUUUUUCCAAUGAAGAAAAUUUUCGAACAUUUUUUGUUGCUUUUCGUGUGGUUUUAAUUUCAUCGAUUAAAGAUGCAGCAUCAACGGAUAAUUUUAUUCCAAUAACAAUAACAAGAGCGCUAUGGCAAUUUUUUCUUUGGCUUUUUUCAGCAAAAAUUAUAGAAUAUUUUUUAAUAUCAUUUGUUAUUCAAAAAUUUUCAAAUAUUAGAAAAAAUCAUCAAUUAACAGAUGAAGAAAGAAUUGUGGGAAGAAUAUUUCAAACAUUUUGGACUUAUUUUGCUUUUAAUAAAAAAUAA